CAAGUAAAACCUUUCAAUCCAUACCUCAGAUAUGCUGCAAUCCCGCUGAGCAUCUAGGCAAAGCUUAUAAGGGAAGCAGAAUAUCCUCACCCCCAGUAAUAGAGAUCAUCUAUCGAGAUGAAUAUGGUUAUUAUUGCAUCUUGGAUCGAAAGAAUCUCCUUAAUUACACGACUAGUGUGCUUAGAACAUUUCUGCAGAUAACAGCAUUUGUUAGACUUCAG